AUGCCUCUAUGGAGCUCGUUACCUCAAGAACUGGUGGUCAUAGUGCUCAGCUUUCUAAAUACAACUGAUAUCAUGCAAUGUCAGCUUAUUUGUCAUAACUGGUCGCGUGUUUGCCAAAAAGCUGCGUAUGCAGAUAUCUCUAUAAACAACGCUACCGAACUAGAACAAUUCUUGCAAGCAGCAAAAACCCCACUCGGUAAGCUCGUCAAGAAACUGUACGUGAAAAACGCAGGUUUUUUUGUCUACAAAACCGAUGGCGUCAUUCAAUUUCCCUUUGUAAACUUUGAUUCUAUGUUUUCUCCAGGUGUAUCUUUAAAAUCUUUGCCUGAUAUUUGUCCCAAUCUAGAGUCGUUAGACUUUAAACAAACCGAUAAAACAUUUUAUGAUUGGGUUUUGAUCAAGAUCAAAAAAGGAUACUGGAAGCAUUUGUGUACUCUGCCAUUUACCAAAGAAAUGGAUCAAGGUGAAAGCUACUCUCAAGCCAUCAUAGCUAUGCGCGAAAAGAUAAAAAACAUUAAACUUUCUGCCCGUGGAACCUCAUUUCCUACAUGCCAAUUGUUAUGCAAUACAAUCAGCACAUUUGGAAAUCUAGAGAAAUUGUGUAUACAAAGCUUUAAGUCUAUCCCUCUAGACUUAGACGAAUUGAUAGAUAAAGUUCCAAUGUUAAAGGAACUUAGCUUUAAGGGAUCUCAAAGCAGACUUGACGCUUGGUUUGAUAUGUAUCGAUCACUAUCCAUAAAGAAGAGAAUAUUUCUAAAAAGCCUUUCUAUCAUUGGCCACAGCCCAACUGAAAACUCCCUCGUAUACGUUGUGAACAAGUUUCCCAAUUUGAGACGUCUUAAUAUCUGUAGUGAAAGACUAUAUAUGCCACACCCAGCUCUCAGCACAGAUACUAUGCAGCGUUUUACAGAACUUGUAAAAGGUUUGGACGAAGUUUCAAUUGAUAGCUUGCAGUUUGACAACAUGCUCGAGCUAGCAAUAAUGAUGUUUGACAAGCUAGCAAACAAGCGUAUUAGAUUCAAUUUGUACUUGAAAAAUUGCUAUUUAAAUCAGAUCCGCUCUUCAGAACUUUCUAUCAAAACUGCAAGACUUUGUGAAGGCCCAGGUCAAGACAAAGAUGGUCUUUUUGUCGUUAUCUCUAACAUGGGAAAUCAAAUUUCACUUGAUUCAGCUCUUGAACAGUUCAAGGGAGCAAUAAAAGGACUCAAGGUCGAAAACACAGGACAUCAUAUAGUCAACUUUGUCUCUCGUGGUGAUGAUUAUAAGGAUAUCGUACACAAGCACUACAUAAAUGAUAUUAUAGCCACCUGUCCCAACCUAAAAAAACUGACAUUUUAUAAAGUCAAGCUUAUUGACUGCAGCAUGAAUCAAGAUGCUCUGAUAAAGAGCUUGAAAAUACAAAAUUGCAGCUAUUUGCCAUCUGUAUUACACCAAUUUUCGCUUCAACUGCCUUGCCUUAGCCAUUUGGCACUCGAAUCAUCACGCGUGAUUGAUCCUCACAAUUUGAAUCCAUUGCCAGAGGAUCCUGAUCAUAUUCUUAUUGACAUGCCUUAUACAGCAUUCAAGUUGCUCUCAAUCACUGAACUCCGAUUCUCAAGGAAGCGUAAAUGCAUUUAUGUCAGAUUAUCAACAACUGAUCUAGACAGAUAUUACCAAGUAGAAGAGACGGUAGUCUCUUCUAUAGCAGCGGAAGAUUACGAAAAGACUUUGCCAAAAAAGUCACUUGUCAAUCUUCAUAUACGAUGUGAGAAACUUCUAUUUUUACAUCUACUUGAAAAUACUAUCAAAAUCGAGAAGAACACCAUGACUUGA